UUUCAGAUACUCUCUCUCUACCCUCUCCAUUUCUCUCUAUAAGAUUUCCACUCUCCCGCAACCACCAAACGUCGCCGUUUCGUCAACCCAACCACAGAGAGCGAAGAUGAAAGCCGAAGAUCAAAGCCAGAUGCAGCUCAUCGAACGCGAAGACAUCGACGAUGAAGACGACCUCUUCGAAGUGAUCGAUAAGUUGAUUGCUCAGGGAAUCAAUGCCGGAGAUGUUAAGAAGCUUCAGGACGCAGGGAUCUACACCUGCAAUGGUUUGAUGAUGCACACCAAGAAGAACUUGACCGGAAUUAAAGGCUUAUCUGAGGCCAAAGUUGAUAAGAUUUGUGAAGCUGCUGAGAAGAUAGUGAACUUUGGAUAUAUUACUGGGAGUGAUGCUCUAACCAGAAGGAAGUCUGUGAUUCGCAUUACAACUGGGAGCCAAGCACUUGAUGAACUGUUAGGCGGUGGGGUUGAAACUCUAGCAAUCACAGAAGCCUUUGGGGAAUUUAGGUCUGGGAAAACACAGCUUGCACACACACUCUGCGUAACUACACAGCUUCCUAUUAACAUGCAUGGAGGGAAUGGAAAGGUUGCUUACAUUGAUACUGAGGGAACUUUCCGGCCUGAACGAAUAAUACCUAUAGCUGAAAGAUUUGGCUUGGACCCAGGAGCUGUCCUCGAUAAUAUUGUUUAUGCUCGUGCUUUUACAUACGAGCAUCAGUAUAAUCUGCUUCUUGGUCUAGCUGCAAAAAUGGCUGAAGAGCCAUUCAGACUUCUGAUUGUGGACUCAGUAAUUGCUCUAUUUCGUGUUGAUUUUACUGGGAGAGGAGAGCUUGCAGAUCGCCAGCAAAAACUUGCACAGAUGCUUUCCCGAUUAAUAAAGAUUGCUGAGGAAUUCAAUGUCGCUGUCUAUAUGACCAACCAAGUGAUAGCUGACCCCGGUGGUGGAGUGUUCAUAUCUGAUCCAAAGAAACCAGCAGGAGGUCAUGUGCUUGCCCAUGCAGCAACCAUAAGGCUCAUGUUUAGAAAAGGCAAAGGAGAACAGCGCGUCUGCAAGGUGUUUGAUGCCCCAAACCUGCCUGAGGCUGAAGCAGUUUUCCAGAUAACUGCAGGAGGCAUUGCAGAUGCAAAGGACUGAAGUGCAACACCUUUCUGUGACACAAGAAGCAACAAAAUACUUGAUAGCUGACCCCAGCGGCGGAGUGUUCAUAUCUGAUCCAAAGAAGCCAGCCGGAGUGACCUUAAGUUUCUUGCUAAGUCUUUGACGAGUGACGACUUACUGUAAUCCGAUUUUCUCGUUGUGAAUCGAUAGCUAUAGAUUGUAACCAGUCAUCCCCAAGUCACAACUUCGUUGUUCUUCUUCAAAGUAAUAACUCUCUCUUUGGGUUGGUGCGUUCAGUAAGAAGCAGCUAUCAAGACUAGGUGAUAUAUAGUAUGAGGACAAACUUAAACAGUAUGACUCCAACGUCCACUAAAAAUAAAGAUUUGAGCUUAGAAUAUAUGUGUGAAUGGUCACAUAAAAAUAAAAUUUUUUGGUUCUCGUAGCAAGACUUAGAAUUAUGUAAUAUGAAUGGUCACAUAAAAUGAAGACAUUUGAUGAGCA